UCGGAGUCGUGAAGCGGUGCUAGAACACGCUGGACCUGAGCGGCUAACGGCAGCCUGAAUACCGGGUUACCUAUAGGCUACCAUGCAGUCUGAGGAGGACACGCCUGGAGUAGUGAUUUUUGAACCAUUAAUACUUUGACGGAGUAUUUUUUCCCAACAUAUUUGUCCUUGUCUAUUACAUAGAUGGCGCUUACUGCAUUUGCAUUAAUUUGACACAGCCUACCUCCAUUCACUCGCCCGCGCCCACACACCACACUAUUGAAUAGUCAGACGGACUCCCGUUAGGAGAUUUAAAAACGCUCAAGGAUAUCAUCCAAAAAACUAAAAACAUCAAUCAUGGAUUCAUUUUUUAUUCCGCAACGAAUUUGCUGGUGGAGGGUAUUGUUUCUUCUGAGCAUCUUUCAGGACUACUUGAGCAAUAUGCUGGACUGCCCGCCAACCUGCAGCUGCUCUCCAACUGAGAUCUAUUGCAAUAAGUCUGACAAUGGGAUAUCCUUUCCCCUAUUCUCCCUGCAAGAUACUGGGAACAAUGGAAAUAACAGUAUUGAAGAUCUGUUCAAGAACAUCACCUCGAUACACAUUGAGAACUGGACUGGCCUGCAAACCCUAAAGGAAGUGGACAUUGAGCUUUACACUGGACUCCAGAGACUAACAAUCAUGAAUGGCAACCUUCGUGUUAUCCAGGCCAGAGCCUUCUCCAAGAACCCCCAUCUGCGCUACAUAAACUUAUCAAAGAACCCUCUGACAACAUUAUCGUGGCAACUCUUCCAGAACCUUCAACUCUCAGAGCUGAGGCUGGAAGACGUGGUGUUUGAGUGUGGCUGUGAUAUCCGCUGGAUUCAGCUGUGGCAGCAGCGCGGCGAGGCUGGCUUGCACAACCAGCUGCUCUUCUGUACCAAUGGAGCCGCCCGGAUCCCUCUGCAGACUAUGAAUAUCUCCCUCUGUGACUUGCCAGACAUCAGUGUGACCCACUCUAACCUCACAGUGAUUGAGGGGGACAGAGUCACCGUCACCUGUAAUGGAUCAGGAUAUCCCCUCCCCGAGGUGGAUUGGACUGUCAAUGACCUCCACUCCAUCAACACUCACCAGUCCAACGUGUACUGGCCCAAGGUCCACUCCAUCAACCUGACCCUGGUUAACGUGAGCCGCGAUGACAACUUCUACAUGCUGACCUGUAUAGCAGAAAACAAAGUGGGGAUGGCCAACGCCUCCAUUCAGCUCACUGUUUAUUUCCCCCCCACCAUCCUGAAGCUGGACGAGCCGGAGCGGCGGCACGAAACCUGCAUCGAGUUCACGGUGCGUGGCAACCCCCAGCCCACCCUGCGCUGGUUCUACAGGGACAAGCUGAUCCCGCCCAGUGACUACAUCCGGACCGACAUGGACACCUACCAGGACUAUCUGGAGGGGUGCCUCAACUUCAAGAACCCCACGCACCACAACAACGGAAACUACACCCUAGAGGCCAGCAACUUCCUGGGAGUCGCCACCAAGACGGUGUACGGGCACUUCCUCAACGCCCCGUUCUCAGAAGAUUAUGAUUAUAAUGGGACUCCAACGCCGACCAUCACUGUGACUCACCGACCUGAGGAGGACACAUUCGGGGUCUCCAUUGCUGUGGGCCUCGCUGGAUUCGCCUGCGUACUUCUUGUCGUCCUUUUUGUUCUCAUCAACAAAUAUGGACGCCGUUCUAAGUUUGGAAUGAAAGGACCGGUGGCAGUGAUCAGUGGCGAGGAGGACUCGGCCAGCCCCCUGCACCACGUCAACCAUGGCAUCAUCACCCCGUGUACCCUGGACGCCGGCCCGGACGCCGUGGUCAUCGGCAUGACCCGUAUCCCGGUCAUUGAGAACCCGCAGUACUUCAGGCACGGGCACAACUGCAACAAGCCGGCCACUUACGUUCAGCACAUAAAGCGCCGGGACAUCAUUCUGAAGCGGGAGCUUGGCGAAGGGGCGUUUGGGAAGGUCUUCCUGGCAGAAUGCUAUAACCUCAGCCCCACCAAGGACAAGAUGCUGGUGGCUGUCAAGACGCUGAAGGACCCUACCCUUGUAUUUUCUCAGACGCUGAAGGACCCUACCCUUGCAGCGAGAAAAGAUUUCCAGAGAGAGGCAGAACUAUUGACCAACCUGCAGCAUGAGCAUAUUGUCAAGUUCUAUGGUGUGUGUGUGGAUGGAGAUCCUCUCAUCAUGGUGUUUGAGUACAUGAAGCACGGGGACCUCAACAAGUUCCUUAGAGCACAUGGUCCUGAUGCCAUGAUCCUGGUUGACGGACAGCCACUGCAGACCAAUGGAGAGCUGGGCCUUUCUCAGAUGCUUCACAUUGCCACUCAGAUAGCUGCCGGGAUGAUGUACCUGGCCUCCCAGCACUUUGUUCACCGUGACUUAGCCACUCGCAACUGCCUGGUGGGUAAUGGCCUGCUGGUGAAGAUCGGUGACUUUGGAAUGUCCAGGGACAUCUACAGCACUGACUACUACCGGGGCUGUGUGGGAGGUCACACUAUGCUGCCCAUCCGCUGGAUGCCCCCUGAGAGCAUCAUGUAUAGGAAGUUCACCACAGAGAGUGAUGUGUGGAGUUUUGGUGUCAUCCUCUGGGAGAUAUUCACCUACGGGAAGCAGCCAUGGUUUCAAUUGGCCAACAACGAGGUCAUCGAGUGUAUUACCCAAGGACGCGUUCUGGAGAGGCCACGGGUUUGUCCCAAGGAGGUGUAUGACAUAAUGUUGGGCUGCUGGCAGAGGGAGCCCCAACAGAGGCUGAACAUCAAGGACAUCCAGAAAAUCCUCUAUGCCUUGGGCAAAGCCACACCGGUCUACCUGGACAUCCUGGGCUAGUGCACGUUGGGUUUUGUCUGUCUGUCUGUUUCUCUGUCUGUCUCUACCCAACAGAUGAAGAAAAACCCAGGAAUAACCCAAACAACGAGUACCUUAUUGCUCCACUGUCAAACACCUACAGAAUGGGGAUGGACUUAAGUGCCUGCUACUCCUUUCGAUACACUGGAUAACGGUCUUUAAAAAAAGCACUUUUACAUUUUGUUUACCUGCAUUUAAAAAUGUACAGUUGCUGUACACAAUGAAGAGGACAUUCUUUCUUUUUUUCGUAAAGACAGCCUACAUAAAGUAUCCCAAAAACAAUAAGAAAACAUGAAAAAAAAAAAGACAGAAAAUACACAGAAAAGCUAAGAAAAAAUAAACAAAAAACCCUGGAAGUUUUGUUUGCUUUUGGUAUUCUGACAGCCUGACAGAAGAUCAAACUCCCCAGGUGAUUUUAUUUUUCAUUUUAUAAAUAUAUAUAUUAUAUAUAUUUUUAAUUUAUUUUUAUUUUCAAUGUGUGGAUAUCUGCCAUGUUUCGUGCUUUGGGUACAGUAUGUCACUUGUUGGAAAUGACUGCUUGUUAUUGGCAAGUCAGACAAUUGGCAGAGACUUUGAAGAAAGGCUACUGCACUCCGAUUGGCUGAAUUUAUUCUCUGACUCGUCUUCAAAAAAGUGGCAAAACCACUUUUCAGUGAGACAUGGAACUCAUAGGAAAGAGAGAACCACCAAUCAACACAGACAUCUUAAUUUAAAAUUGAAUGUAUAUACUGUAAAUUUCUAUGUCACAAAAAUAUGUUAACUUAUUUCAUUUCCUAUUUCUUUAGUUUCUUGGUGUGUUGUUAUGGUGAGUGAAUCCUAUAGAUAUUUUGAUAAUCUUUUUUGGGGGGAGUACUGUUUCGUUCACAUGGUCAUAGACAGUAUGUUUUUUCUGUUGGUUUUAAUGAAUUUCAUCUACUUUAUUUAGUGUCAUAUAAUUUGGACAUAUGAUGACAAUAUGACUUAAGGGUCAGCAUGUAAGUAAUCGUGAUAUAAGGUUGACACAUGAAGAGGAUGUACAAUGUCAGUAAUCAUGAUACAUAGUUGACACAUGAAGAGGUUGUACAGUGUCAGUAAUCAUGAUGUAAGGUUGACACAUGAGGAGGUUGUACAGUGUCAAUAAUCAUGAUGUAAGGUUGACACAUGAAGAGGAUGUACCAUGUCAGUAAUCAUGAUGUAAGGUUGACACAUGAGGAGGUUGUACAGUGUCAGUAAUCAUGAUGGAAGGUUGACACAUGAAGAGGAUGUACAGUGUCAAUAAUUAUGAUAUGAGGUUGACACAUGAAGAGGAUGUACAGUGUCAGUAAUUAUGAUAUGAGGUUGACACAUGAAGAUGUUGUACAGUGUCAGUAAUCUUGAUGGAAGGUUGACACAUGAAGAGGAUGUACAAUGUCAAUAAUUAUGAUAUGAGGUUGACACAUGAAGAUGUUGUACCAUGUCAGUAAUCAUGAUGUAAGGUUGACACAUGAAGAGGUUGUACAAUGUUAGUAAUCAUGAUACAUAGUUGACUCAUGAAGAGGUUGUAAAGUGUCAGUAAUCAUGAUGUAAGGUUGACACAUGAAGAGGAUGUACCAUGUCAGUAAUCAUGAUACAUAGUUGACACAUGAAGAGGUUGUACAGGUGUCAGUAAUCAUGAUGUAAGGUUGACACAUGAAGAGGAUGUACCAUGUCAGUAAUCAUCAUGUAAGUUUGACACAUGAAGAGGAUGUACAAUGUCAGUAAUCAUGAUGUAAGGUUGACACAUGAAAAGGAUGUACAGUGUCAGUAAUUAUGAUGGAAGAUUGACACAUGAAGAGGAUGUACCAUGUCAGUAUUCAUGAUACAUAGUUGACACAAAGAGGUACUCUGUCAGUAGAGAAAUUAUGAGGUUGUAAGGUGUCAGUAGAAUAAUCAUGAUGUGAGGUGACUAUGUCUGAGCAGGACGCGUACAGUACGCUACCAUAUAAGUAAUUAUAUAGAUCUUACACAAAGCCCACAUAACCAUUCUUCUCAUUCAAGCUCACUGUUCUGUUCUUUCAGUGUAAUCUAGACAUAGAUUCUUUCUCCGACCAUAUUCUGCAUCAUGUACAUCUGUUUCAUGUAGCCAGAGCAAAGAGCUAAAGCUAUGGUAUUGCAUUAUUAGCUGUCAGUGGCUAUGUCCUGAAAAGUACAUUUAUAUGGUAUUGUAGUAUACUUCAUCUUGUUUUCUGGGUUGUGAAGAAGGAUAUUCAACUGCCUUCAAAUAGUCAUGACCCUGACAUUUUAAUUCCUACAGUUUAUACAGUACAUUAGGCAAAGCACUACUAGACACUAUACAUUCAUGCAGUAUAACAGCAGUACCUGCUUCUCAUUUUCCAUACUAUGUAUACUUCCCUUCAAGAUAAAGCAUUAUGUAAUGCAGGCUUGAGAAAUAUAUAUUUUUUUCUAUCAGUGUGUGCAAGGUUCCAUUAAGCAAACAAUCCUUUAUCUUUCCCAGCUGUCCCAAUGUUAAACCAUAGCAAACUUGGCAAAGCACAGUGACGUGAAUUAUUCAUUAAGUAUUAGUGAUGGAGCACUCUGUAGCUGUUGGGGCUGUUUGGAACAUUACGCUGUGAUGACAAACACCGGGGCUGUGGGAGAAUGUGCUCUCUCUCUCCGUCUUCUGUCCCUCCUCUUUCUCCCUUUCUUUCUUUCUCUCUCGCUUGCUCCUUCCGCCCUCCCCCUGCUUCUGCUGAGUAAUGUGAAUCAUUCAAGGUUGUGUUUAGUCUCAAUAUCACACCAAUGAUAAAUACAGAAUUAUUCAAUGCUGAGCCAAACUGGCACCUUGUUUUGCCUAUCUGCAUUUUUUUUUUUUAAUAAGGUGAUAUAUUAUUAUGUGAUCAAUUUCAUAUUAACGUUUAUGUACAGAAUAAUUUGCCUACUUCAACAAAAAUGUAUUUUAAAAGCUUCAAUAUGAAUUAUCUGGUCAAACUUACAAAUAUUGUACUUUUCUUUCAAAUUAAAAGUUCCUUCAUGUUAGAAUGGCAAGAUACUCAAAGUUUUCUCAUCUUUUUAACAGGAAGUUUUCCAUCUUCUUCCUACCCAUCACAACAUUUCAAAAUAACAUUUUUCACCUUCAAUCUCGGAAUUCACAUCCGAAAACCCUCGGAGGUGCCUUUGUUGAAGGACGACUGGAACAGGUGUUGGUCUGGUCUUCUGGUUUAUUCCCUAUCGUUGUAUUUCAAGAGAUCCAGUCAUUCUCUCUGUAUCAGCAAGUAGAGAGGAUUGCAGAAGCUUUCCAAGACAGUGGUUUGACUCUGGCGUGGUUAUUUGUGAUAAGAAGCCUCUUCCUGUAAUAUUCGUGGCUGGCAAUGAUGCCUGCUGCUGCCGGCUGUCUCCAUUCAAUGACUUUCCAAUUCAGCUAGCUGCAUGCGCCCUGAGCCCCUGUGUACAGUAAUAGAGGAGAUAUCUCCUGGUAGUGUAUCUCAGCUCUGUGCCCCUCCUGCCUACCACUGUGGCUCGAGCUGUAAACAAGGCUGCCCUCGUUCUCUCCUGACACCUCCAUGGAUGAGAGCACAAAUCCAGCCUCGGCUCACACUUUAUGGGCUGUUUAUAAUUUUAAGAAAAGGAAAAAAAACAUUAGGGUGGCUUAUGAGAUUUUGCACAUCAUCCGCAGUUCACAGAGAGUCCAUUCAUGCUGAAUUAGAUCCUAAUUGGAAGGAAACACAAAUGUCACUUCACAGGUUGUUGCCCAAGCUAAGCUCUUAAAGGAACCAACAGACCCAGCGGCCCCUUUUAUCAAAAGUCGGGACCCAAACACGGGAUUGAAAAGUAUAGUAAACUUUUGAGGGAAGGAACUGUUAGCCACUGGUAGGCGAAACAUUUUGACAGGAAAUCACACGGCAAUGGUUUUCUAUAAUUCGCUUGAAAUGGUCCCAUUAGCUAUUACAUAAUGAAUCACUGAGAUAUGUUCACAUUCACAUCACCCUCACUUUGCGGUGUGCCUGUUUGACUUGUGCAGCAUGUAUCCCGGGGAAGGCGUCCCCCGUGGAUUGUAGAGGCGUCGGGACAUCAGGGCUCCUGUCACUGUAUCCUCAGGAUGACUCCCGUCAUUAGGUGUGUGACCGUGACUGAAAGGACGCCGCCAGAGUCAAGCAUGUUACACUCCAUUUACCUCGAAGCUGAUCAAUGCUCAAUGACCCGCGGACAGAGUCCGCUUUAGC